AUGGCUUUUGCGAGUGUGGUGUCCCGAACCCUGGCUUGCGGGCCACUGCGGGCAAGGCACAAAAUGAGCUGGGAGAAUACCUUUGACCUGCUUGGCCGCCUCCCAUCGAGUGCUCGCGGUUGGGUCUCCGACGUUCUUGUAGCGUCAAUAGAACCAGACCUACGCUUUCGAUCAGGCCGUCACAAUAGUGCGCUUUUGGAGAGGAUAUUUUCGGCCAGCUGA